AUGUCUGGUCGUGGAAAGGGAGGGAAGGGAUUGGGCAAGGGAGGUGCGAAGAGGCACAGGAAAGUGCUUCGCGACAACAUCCAGGGCAUUACGAAGCCGGCGAUUCGGCGGUUGGCGAGAAGAGGUGGCGUGAAGAGGAUCAGUGGAUUGAUCUAUGAGGAGACGAGAGGAGUGCUGAAGAUUUUCUUGGAGAAUGUGAUUCGUGACGCUGUGACCUACACAGAGCAUGCUAGGAGGAAGACGGUCACGGCUAUGGAUGUGGUCUACGCCCUGAAGAGGCAGGGAAGGACUCUCUAUGGGUUUGGAGGCUGA